GCAAAUCCUUGACGAUGUCGCUCGCCCCCGAUCCGAGCGACGCGAACGCCACCGCCGCCGGCAGCGACCUCCACGCAUCCGGCCCGACACUCCCCGCGCCCCUCUCCACCCCGGACGAUGCCUCGGAGGCUUCGCUCGCUCCCCCGGACCAGCUCGAGUCUCUGGAGCUGCUGGAGCGCUUCAAGCCCCUGGUGGUGCUGCUCUACGCGCUCCUCGUCACCGCCGCCAUCGUGGGCAACGUCCUCCUCGUGGGCGCCAUCGCGCGCGUCAAGAGGAUGCGCACCGUCACCAACUUCCUCAUCGGCAACCUGGCGGCGUCGGACGCGCUCAUGUGCGCCCUGUGCGUGCCCACGUCGCUGGCCUACGUGUACGACCCGCGCGGCUGGGUGCUGGGCCGCGGGGCCUGCCUGGCCUCGCUCUACCUGCAGCCCGUCACCGUGCACGUCUCCUCUUUCACGCUGGUGGCCAUCGCGCUCGACCGCUACUCGGCGCUCGUGCACCCCCUGCGGCCCCGCAUGUCGCCGCGCCGCUGCGGCCUCCUCGCGGCGGCGCUCUGGCUGCUGGGCGCCGCCCUGGCCGCGCCGGCGCUCGCCAACACCCGCUACGUGCGGCUGCCCGCCGACGGCGGCGAGGCGGAGGUGGCGCUGUGCGAGGAGCUGUGGGGCGCGCGGCGCGAGCGCGAGCGCGUGGCGCACGCCGCCGCCCUCGUGCUGCUCGCCUACGCGCUGCCCCUCGCCGUGGCGGUCGCCGCCUACGCCCGGCUCGGCGUGAAGCUGCGCGCCCGCGUCGUGCCGGGCAGCGUGACGCGCGCCCAGGCCGAGCGCGACCGCCGGCGCCGGCGCAAGACGCAGGGCCUGCUGGUGGCCGUCGUGGCGGCCUUCGCGCUCUGCUGGCUGCCGCUGCACGCCUUCAACCUGGCGCGCGACGUCGACCUGUCGCUGGUGGCGCCGCGCUACUUCGGCGCCGUGCAGCUCGCGUGCCACUGGGUGGCCAUGAGCUCGGCCUGCGCCAACCCGCUCAUCUACGCGUGGCUGCACGGCGCCUUCCGCGCCGAGCUGCGCCGCCUCUUCUGCUGCUGCCGCCGCGGCGCGGCCAAGGCCAAGGCGCAGAGCAGCACGGCCAGCCUGGCCCUCUGAGGGCCUGGGGGGCCGCCUGGACCUGGGCUCGGUCUGGGGGGCACCUGGAGCCGUUUCAAGGGUGGAGCGUCACGGAAACUAAUGGGGGCAGCAAGACCCUCUGGAGACACACGCAAAUUGCUAUUUUAUUGAUAUUUGCCAGAGGAAAUUACAUUUAACGUUGUAUUAAUAUAGGGGGCCAUAUUUAGAGAUUUCAGGAGCGUCGCCCCCCCCGAACCCGCCCCUUGGGAAGUGUCUCGAUCUGCCUUUUGACUAUGUGGUGAGGGAAACCCACCACUCGUGUUAAACAAUGUACCAAGCCCCCUAAAGCUAGGGGGCUGUUUGAGGCUCGGGGUCACCCAUGCAGUCUAACAGAUUCGGGGGUCACAAAGGAUUGGAGUUGAGGAUGAGGCAGAUGGUAAUGGUAGAGCUGAGAAUGUGGGGAGGUGGUCAUGGGAGAGGAUCACGGGUGGAAGAGACCCCUGAGUUGAGGUAUCUCACGCAGUGACCCCUCCUGGGCCACGUCUCCCCUCAGGGGUGAGGGCAGCUUAGCGGGUAGGUGAUUGCUGGGUAGGUGAGCGGAUUGGUACGGUAAGUCGUACAGGUGAAGAGUGUAGGUGAAUGGGUCCACGAGCCAACAGGUGAGAUUGAAGAUGAGUGGACGAGUGAGGCGGCAGGUGAGAGGACAAGGUGAGCGGCAUGGUGAGAUGGCAGGGCAGUGGGUAAGGUGAGUGGGUAAAGCUGCAAACCAGGCAUCGCGUUGCCCCAGUAUUUUCGGGGAAAGUAACUUCGUGUUUGUGUUGGAGAGUUCGCGAGGUCAACUCUCUCAGGUCAAUAAACGUGGAUGGAAAACUACACGAUUGUAUUUACAGUUUUGUUUGCGCUUUCUGAAUGCAUUUGUCCAUAA